AUGAACGACAACAGAAAUGUAGCGAAUAACUUAAAACCAUUACAUAUUAGUUAUUUUGAAAAAAUCCGUGAAUGUUAUGAACAUUUCGUAAAUUCAGAUGAUGGCGAUGGCAAAUUGACAAAGGACGAAUUUCAUAAUUUUGCUAAAAAAGUAUUCAAAAAUAAAAACGUCGAUCGAGUUAAAACUGACGAAAUAUUUGGCACAUUCGAUACAAACAAUGAUGGGAUGGUAACUUUCCGUGAGUUUAUUUGGGUAGCCAUUGCAAUCAGCAAUGACGACUUGAAUGUUAUGUUGAACCAUGCAUUUUACAUGUUGGAUACAUCAGGUGAUGGAUUUCUUACGUUGGAUGAAUUUAAGGAUUUUAUAAGAAAAAUACUCUCUAUCCGAAUGGGUCCAGAAAUGGUAAGACAAGUCGAUAUAAAUGGAUUUAGUAUAGAGACUUUUCAAAAAUGUGGUCUUGACCCAACACAAAAAAUAAGCAAAGAACAAUUUAUAGAAGGAUGUAAAAAGAACAAAGAACUUAUCAAGUGGUUUACUGGUGAAGAAUAA